GUCAUGGGAGGACUUGGCCUCCGCAUUUCACCUGCAUUCGCAACCGCUAUCUGGCCCUGUUCCAGUUUUAUCAGCUGCUGUCGACGGCUUCCGUGCUAUCCUGCUCAUUCUGUGAACAUUGUUGUUGCGAGGUGUGCCUUUAGUGACCAUUCCAACAAGAAACCCGGUAAUAUGGCACCUUUUGGGACAGACCUUUGGAAAACUGUAAUAUUGCCAUUCACAAAGCUGACCGAUAACGGAAGCGAAACAUUGGAUACAAAGGCGCAAUCGCCAGCAGUUCCGGAGCCGCGUGCCAAAAAUGAAAAUGCAGCACAUCGGGGAUCAGAGAAGGAGGAUGUUCAUCUGGGAGCGGAGGACGUGUUGACAGACGUUUCGAUACACGGGAGUGGGAAUGGGCCUGCGGAUGGAAGGGACGACACAGUAAAGGGGAAAACGAGUCCCGUUCUCGAGAAUCAGACUAAGCAGGAAGGUAACAGUGAUGUGGCUCCUCCGCUAAACGGCCCACAAAAUCCGAUCGCAGCAAUAGCGUCUCAUACCAAUCCGGAUGGGAAAGGGGGAGGAGAACUGAAAGAAACGAGUCCUCCAUCUCCUCCGCAAUUCGCUACACAACCACCACCACCCCCACCACAGCCAUUGUCAAAAUCAACUAUCUCUGAUGCCUCAUCAUCUCCACUCAAACAGCCAACUCCGACCGUUCCACCGGAACCCGCAAAAUACCGCCGGCACAAUGUCGUAUUACCGUCCUAUGAACCCGAAUUAUUCCCAGACAAUACAGUCGUACCCGAGAGUCCACAAAAGCAGUUCUUUCAACGCAUGUUGCAUAGCGCGACCAGUUGGAUUUUCCGGCGUCCAAACAAGCCCGAAGAACCGCGACGUAUUACCAUACUUGAGCGACUUGUUAGGACACCGCACAUUAUACGACGUAUCGCCAUUAUAGGCGUUCAUGGAUGGUUCCCUGGAAGGUUCCUACAGCGGGUUGUGGGUGAGCCCACUGGUACGUCCGCCAGAUUUGCGGAAAAGAUGGCCAUGGCCGUGCGGUCCUUCUUUUCAGAGCGGUAUAACAUUAUGCUAGACGAUGAAGCAAUCACCUUGAUACCAUUGGAAGGGGAGGGAAAGGUGGAGCGACGGGUCGCGAUGCUGUACCGCCAACUCAUCGAGUCCGAUCAGGGGUGGCGAAAGAAACUGUGGGACGCGGACAUGGUCUUUGUUGCCGCACAUAGUCAGGGGACGCCUGUAUCUGCGAUGCUGUUGGCGCGGCUUGUUCGGGAAGGAUUAAUCGAUACAUCGCGACAAAAAGUUUCUCUACUGGCCAUGGCUGGGAUCACUCAUGGUCCCUUCCCUUCGUUGAAAUCAAGCAUGAUUGUCAAAUACUUCGAGGCAGAUGCAGCCAGGGAGCUGUUUGAGUUUAAUGAUCCGAACUCGGAAAUUGCAAAAAAGUAUUACAUAGCCAUGCGACACAUCCUUGCUUCCGGUGUGAGGGUUGUUGCCGUUGGGAGCUGGUACGAUCAGGUCGUUCCGUUGUAUUCUGCAGUCAUGCAUGGUUUCCAUCACCCAAACAUUUAUCGUGCCCUGUACAUUGACGGUGCCGAUUACACUCCUGAUUUCCUAAGCCAUCUCGUCGUCUUCGGGCUCGCCUUGCGGAAUGCGGGGCUAUCAGAUCAUGACUUGGUCGUUCAUCUUUCUGAUAUUCUUGCCGGGAAUCUGUACGGAUUCGGUACACAAGGGCAUUCGGCGAUUUAUGAGGAAAUCAACACAUACAUGGUGGCUGUUGCGUGGACAAUGGGCGGUAAACCACCAUGGAGCAUCCCUGCUGUCCCCAACGCACCGUGGAGGAGCAAUAUGAUGGUCUCGCGCAGUCUUAGUGCUCCCCUACGUCUUAACCCAUACUAUUUGCCCUGGAUAAUGGCGCGCCUAGUGGAUGAUCGGAAUAUCCAAAAUCAUGAGACGCUUAAAACAGAGUUGGAUGGUCUUUUGAAAAUGUUUGAAAUGUGGGAACCUAAUACGCGACAGUUGAAGGAGAUGCGGUAUAGACUAGAACCUCUAAGGUCUAGGUUGUAAGAUUGGUUUUGGGAUAGAUUUUAUACUGUAUAUAACAUGGAUAUUUUAAAUAGUAGAACCUGAUACGAAUG